AGUAUACUUUACCACAGAUAAAGUAUCUGUGUUAUUGGGUUGUAGUUGUGCGCACGCGUGAUAUGUUCUUCUUUGCAGGUUCUUUUGAGAAAAGACUGUUUUUACGUGUAUGUGAGUGGUUGUGGGCACCUUUACAUUUUGAUUUUAAACCAGGAUGGGCUUCGUGAAGGUUGUCAAGAAUAAGCAGUAUUUCAAGCGCUUCCAAGUGAAGUUCAAAAGGCGCCGUGAGGGUAAGACUGACUACUAUGCACGUCUUCGUCUUACUAUUCAAGACAAGAACAAAUAUAACACACCCAAAUAUCGACUUAUAGUUCGAUUUUCGAACAAGGAUAUCACGUGCCAGGUUGCAUAUUCACGUAUAGAGGGUGAUAUGAUAUUAUGUUCAGCUUAUAGUCAUGAACUGCCACGUUAUGGAGUAAAGGUUGGGCUUACGAACUAUGCUGCAGCUUACUGUACAGGUCUUCUGCUAGCCCGUAGGCUCUUGAAGAAGCUAGGCCUAGACAAAUUAUACCUUGGCUGCACUGAGGUAACAGGUGAGGAGUACAAUGUAGAAGCUGUGGAAGAUGGCCCUGCUGCAUUCCGAUGCUAUCUUGAUGUUGGUCUAAUGCGCACUACUACAGGUGCCCGUGUUUUCGGUGCUAUGAAAGGAGCUGUUGACGGUGGCCUAAAUAUACCUCAUAGCACCAAACGCUUUCCUGGUUAUGAUCCGGAGACUAAAGAAUUUAAUGCAGAGGUGCACAGAAAGCACAUACUUGGUCAACAUGUUGCUGAGUACAUGCGUCAGCUAGCAGAAAAUGAUGAUGAAGCAUACAAGCGCCAGUUUUCUAAUUAUAUUAAACUUGGCAUUGAGGCAGAUAAUAUUGAGAGUAUAUAUAAAAAAGCACAUGAAACCAUUCGGGCUGACCCAGCUCGAGUUAAAAAGCAGAAAGACACCUCAGGUAUUGUUAAGAAGAGAUGGAACAGGGCUAAGUUGAGCUUAUCUGAACGUAAGAACAGGAUUGCCCAGAAGAAAGAAUCAUGGAAGAAGAAGUUGGAAGCUGGGGAGGUUGAUGCCUAAAAGUGUUGUUUAAUGAUGAAUUACUGAAGAUAUUUGAGAAUAAAGUCAGUUUGAUGAUGAAUUCUGUGAAAGUAUAAAAGGCA